UUGCGAUUGUGUGAAGUACUUGGUAUCCCGAUUAACAUUUUUCCGCGAAAGAUUUUUUUCUUCUAAGAAUUGUUGAUAACAAUAAAAAUUUAGCUUGGGAUUUAAAAAAAUAUUAAAAGCUUUAAGAUGUUUACUAAAUAAGACCUUUAUUGUGUGAUUUUAAUUUAGCGAAUCACGUGUUGAGAGGUCAUAUCUAAAAAUAGAAUGCGGUGGUUGUUGACAUGACGGAAUGAGAAGAAUUCAGGCAAAAUUAUAAUCUUAAUGGAUUCCAUAGAGUUAGGACACCAAGGAUUAUACAUUUUAGCGUUCAUUUAUGUUUGAACAGUUAGAUAGACUGUUGAUACGGAAAUUAAAUUCUGAUGUAUUCUCAAGUGAAGAAUGAACACAUGGUAGUUAGUGAUAAAUUUGGGCAAGUGAAAACAUUGUAAUUCAUAUAGAUAUACAUAGUCUUGUUUGUAAGAUGGGUUGAUGAUACAUGAUAUGUUUUAUGUAUGUAACAUAUGAUGGAAGACAGUCCUAAGUUUCUCUCUAUAGAUGAACAAGCCAUAUCGGACAGGUCAGUAAAUCCGGAAGAAGCCUCAUGUAAUCUUAAGGUCUUACAAAAACACAUAUUUCAACCCAAAUUUUUAGAUUUUCCAAAUAAAAAAGCGGAGAUUUCAAAGUGUUCUGCUCCUAGCUCAAGUAUCAAUGUGAAGUCUUCACUUAAAGAUUCUACAACUUCAACAACCUUAGUAAGACCUACUACAAAUGAAAGUUCUAUCACUGGUUCAAGUUCAAGAUUUGACUCCAAAUUUUCUGCAUUUGAAAGAAAAGACCACACAUGUUCCUUGAACGAUCAGCUAAUAAAUUCAACAUAUUUUAGUAGCCCUUCUAAAAGCAUAUCAAGGCAUGCAACUGCAAUGGAGAGCGGUGGAAAAGAAAUAAUUUUACCUUCAGGAAAGGGAAACUUAUUUGAUAGACAACCAUCUGUUAAUGAUGAAGACCUUUUUGGAUAUGGCAAGAAUCUGCCAGAUGAAAAUCAAGAACAGUUAAACUAUGGAAAUUUAAGUAAUGAAUACACGAAGCAGAGCCCUGAACAUAUUGAAUUAAACAUGGAAGAUAAUGAUGAUAAGUCUGAAAAAUAUACAGUUGUGGAUUCCGGUAUACCAAAUUUUGGAUUGCUCGAAUCCUCGUCUGGUUCUGAAUCAGAUUCCUCAAAAUCUCGUCAGUCAUCCAAAAGCACUGAGGGUAACAAAAUGCAAAAUGAGAAUCAGAAUAUUACAAAAGAAAGGCAUAGCAACAUUGAAUUUUCUGAUGGCCGAGAUAGUUCUUAUCAAAUGAGAUUUCUGGACAAAAGAAGUAUUUCUGCUGUUGACCGGAGAGAAAAGUACAGGAUAAGUAGUGGUGGGGAGGUUUUUUACCCAGAUAUUGAUUAUGUUGAAAAUGAUAGCUACGUAAGAAACUAUGUAAAGAAAAGUAACAGUUUACCUGAUCUUAUUGUGAGUUCUAACCCUUCCCCACUUUCUCCUCCACAAUUUAACAGCAAUCCAAAUCCAAAACCUGCUGUAGAAGAAAAUUUGGCAAAACAGUAUGGAAUAAAAAUGAUGAUGGAAGGCACAAGUUCAAUGCCACAAUCACGAGAUAUACCAAAAGUAAGAAGGAGUGUAAGCAUAAAAGAAGAACCAGAAUAUUUCCCAGCUGAUAACCAUGAUGGAACUCAAGAUGAAGAAAACCAGAAUGGUUCUUCUAAACAAACAGAUGAACGAAGACGAAUUCUAAGCAGUGGAUAUCAAACUGCGAGCAGUGAGGCUGGAAGCCAGGAUAAAUCUGAUAUAACAGCUUCCAGGCAGACAUCUCAAAUAUCACAUAGUUCAUCAGGGGUCUGGACAUCGCAAGAAGGAGAAAACGAAAAUGCAGAAUCUGUACUUAACAAAGUUAGUGAAAGUGAUAAUUCUGAUAUGUCUUCAAAGGAUCAGAUGUAUUUUGCCACAAAUUUAUCAUUGCCUAACAGCAUGGACGGUGCUGAAAGAAACACACCUUCCCCCUCGUCUUGUCAGUCUGGUGGAAAUGAGUCAAAUAGUACCGAGUCUAGUGUUAAUACCGUACAGGAUGCCCAGGAGGCAUCCAUAGAUAAAACAAGCUCUAUGUCAUCAAAUAAUACAGCAAUGCAGGCACAAAAUAGUUCAAGAGAAUUACCAAUGCUUAGUGUAUUUGGACCUGGUGACUCAUCGAGAAAGUUUAAUCGUUUGUUAUCUAAAGAUGAGAAAAAUGGAGCUAGGAGUAAAAUUCCGCCAUCAGUCGAAACUAAACAACCGGAAUCAUAUGAUCCUCCAAGUCAUGGCAAUUUGCCAAAUUUCUUACAUGUAUGUCCAGAAAGCUUUAGUAUAAAAGGAUCGUCGUUAGCAAAAGUAAAUGAAGAGGAAGAUAAGAAUCAUAGAGUUGUUAUAAACAGAUACUGCAAUGAUGCUAGUUUGGGGAAUGGACAGCUGCCAUCUAGCAGUAUAACACCUUCCAGUAGAGGGUUAAUUUCCAGCAAUCAGCCUAGUCCACCAGAAGCAGUGAGGAGAUGGGAUGAAAUGUUGAUGAAGCUUGGGCCUGAUACUUUCAGUCCAAGUAUUUUAGACAAAAUACAUCAGGAAGUUUUUGGUUCCAGUCUCAGUCCGUAUAAUAACAAUGAGAGAGAAAAGAUAGAGGGUGCUGGAAGUCAGAACUUUAAGGACUUUUCAUUAGAUGAACUUGAGAAGGCAUCUAGAUGCAAUUUUCAAGCAUGUAAGGAACUUUGUUGCCUAAAGAUGCGUGAGAUUUUGAGAAUGUUGAGGUUAGAUAUUCCUCAGCUCGAUCCAUCAUUCGCGCUCGUGAAGAAAUACUUCUCAGCCCUGAAUCAACAUUGUUAUAAUGUCUGUGAUGAAACAAAAUGCUCAGUCUUGUUCUGUGCAGAAUUUGAAGAAUGGAAUGCAGAGAAUCAAGAGGAUCCAGAGAAACAUUUUGUAGAAGAAACACAGAGGAUAUUUAGACAUCCAACAAUGAAGCUAUUUCCACAGACAAGUAAUAAAUUCCACAAGCUACAGAGUCAUAUACAGAAGGAUGAAAUGAAGGAGUUUGAAACACACGUUCCCAUGUUUCCGCUAGGAAAAUUCCAUAAUCACAAUGUUUGCAUGGACAAUAAAUUACAGAAACUCGUCGUUUUGACUUUCUAUCCAUUGAUGGACAACGAUCACCAGCUAUCACUGUACGCUAGACUGAAAGAUCUGAAUGACCCACAUAUUGUACCACAACUCUGGUUGCUUGAAUAUGAUGAUAAAAUUCAAGUGUGCUCCCUAUUUUGUCAAGGAGGAAGCCUUGAAGAUUAUUUAAGUUAUGUUAAGGUAUUAUCUUGGCCAAGGGUUAUUUACUACAUGAAGCAGAUUUUGUCGGCAAUCAUUUAUCUGAAUUCCAGUUUUGGAGUGGUAUAUCUCAAUUGGAAGAGUGGAAACAUGUUAUUUCCUGAUGACAGACAUAAUAUCAUUCAAGUGAGCAACUUUAGUUUAUCCUGUCCUGUAAACUGCCAGUGUGAUAUAGGAUCUGUGAAAGCAUGCUUGCCAUACUAUAUCUGCCCACCAGAGCUAUUAGAACGGACAUAUAAAGCUGAUUGUAGAUCAGAUAUUUGGGGUGCUGGUUGCCUGUUCUAUGAAAUGUUAUCUGGUACACCAUUUCUAUAUGAGCAUAGGCACGAGGAGAGGGACGUUAUACACAGAAAAAUAUUUUCUGGUUUGUUGCCAAACACUGACACAUGGAGUAUAGAAAUUAGAAAGAUUUUGAAUUCAUGCUGGAAGGCAAAGAUGGAAGAUAGAAAAAAUUUGGACAUUGUUCUCAGAUACAUUAAGUCAUUGAAAGUCAAAUGAAGGUGCACUUGAUGUUAUGUGAAGGGGAUGCAUCAACAGAUUCCAUUUCUUGUAUAUUUUUCUGAAUUUUUAAAGACAAUAAAUGUUUCAGGUAUUUUUAGUUUGGUGUGCAGGACCAAUUAAUAUUGCUUUUGGUCUGUCUGUCACAAAACUUUGAAUUUAACCAUAAUUCUUACAGCCUCUAAACUACACAGGUGCUUGAUAAUGAGUUCUACUAAACAAAGGUCCCAGAGGUCAAGGUUACUUGGGUCAAGGCCGCAAUCAGAGUGCAUGACAUUCAUUUGGACAGACAUAGUGCUUGUCUGAAUUAAUUAGGAAAGAUACAUUGUAAUUUUAAAAAACCACUGAGUUUGCAUUGGGACAGAAUGAAUUUUUAGGCAAUUUUUAUUUAGUAUUUAUAUAAAAGUCACAUAUUGGAAUUAUAAAGGGACAUUUAUGAAACAGGAAUAAUUUUAUUCAUCAUGAAGCAUAAUCUGCAAGGAAUCUGUAUUAAUCUUUAACAAUAUCCCCUAGAAAUGCUGGCAAUAAUUAAUUCAUCAUAAAGAACAUAUUGAAACCACUUGGUAGAAUGUCCUGUCUGGUUGGAUACUAUGUUCCAUGAACAUCACUUUACUUUGUUGAAUUUUCUUUUCAUAUUUUUGAUGUGUGAAGUGCCAUUAUAUUUGUUAUUCUGUUUGCUCUUAGUUUGUUUUUGUUGUUGUUGUUAUAUGUGAUAUACUGUUCCAUCAUACAGAUUCAUAAUCAAAUGUAAAUUUUUAAUCACAAUACUUUAUCUAAAUGAGAAAUGUUGUUUUCAAAAGAGAAAUUUUAUUGAAAACAAAUAUGAUAGUGGCCUGUUAUUUAUUGAUGUUCUGUAUAUAAAAUGUGGUCUUUAUAUCAAGUUUGUCUAUAUUACUAAUGUGAAAUUGUCACCUUGGUGCAGUAACAGGUUAACUCCUAUAAAAUUAUUUUAGGUGUUUAGCCCGUUAAUGCUCUUAGAUGGCAAAAUAUUGUCCCAUAUUGUGGGCAAAUUAUUGUCAUAUAUACAUACAUCCAUCUUAAAUGUCCUCACAUAUUAUGCAAUAAUUAUAUAUUCUGUAAUGUUUUAUUUUUAUCAUUUCAUAAGCUGCUGGUUUCAGAACUUCCCCUCAUUUGUUUGUAUACAACAUUUUGACAUAUAUUGUACUUGUAGAUUUAACAUGUACGUUAUUUGAUCAUGUACAAUUAAAUUAAAUUCAAACAUGUGUAUAGCAGAUCUACAUGUAUAUACAUAUCAUUAACUGGUGCAGUGGGAUUUUUUUUAUUAUUCAUUUUUGAAGUUCAUGCAUAGAUUGUAUAUAUUGUAUGUAUAUAUUGUUGACACCAAGUUGCUACAUUUGUAUAUUUUUAUGAAAUAUCUGUUAUAUAAUAUAUAUGAUUAUUCACGUUUUAUGCAUUCUUUCCAUUUUUGUAUUUGAACAAUUUUUUUUCUAACCAAUUAUACUAUAUGGUCCCAUCCAUUUUUAUACACAUGCAUAAUCUAAGCACAGCAUGCAUAUUUUGAACAUGCCCAUAACGUAAAGUUUAGUAAUGUUCCAUAUCUUAACACACCCAUAAUGUAAAUACAAACCCACCAAUCUGAACACAACCAUGAUUUCAUCUCAACCGUAUUCUGAACACAACCAUAAUGUAAAAACAAACCCAUAAUCUGAACACAACCAUGAUUUCAUCUCAACCAUAAUCUGAACACAACCAUAAUGUAAAAACAAACCCAUAAUCUGAACACAACCAUGAUUUCAUCUCAACCGUAUUCUGAACACAACCAUAAUGUAAAAACAAACCCAUAAUCUGAACACAACCAUGAUUUCAUCUCAACCAUAAUCUGAACACAACCAUAAUGUAAAAACAAACCCAUAAUGUGAGCACACCCAUAAUCUGAACUCGACUAUGUUCUUAACACAACCAUAAUAUGAACACAACCAUAUUCUGAACACUACUAUUAUGUGAACAGAACCAUAAUGUGAAUGCACUGUUAAUUUAAAACCACAUCCAUAUUCUGAACACAUCAUUAAUUUGAACACACCCAUAUUCAAAAUACCCCUUUUACAUUAUCAUGCAUAUUUAUUAUCAUUAUUAUUCAAACACAUGUUUUCUCAUUUUAUGAAUAAUAAUGAAUUAAUUUUGUAUACAUUUCUUAUACAACUAUUGUUUUUGUACUGGAUACUUACUUUAGUUACAGUGUUUUACUAAUUUUAUUGUUACAUUAUUGCUGGUUUCUGUUUGUCAGUAAAUAAUAUACAUUUUUGUAAAUAUAAAUUAAUUUUAUAAAUUUAUGAAAUAGAAAGAGGCAGUACAAUGAAAUAUGCCUCUCAAGUUGAAUUAUUUAGAAGGUUUCCAUUGGUGCCAUUUCAUGUAAGCGUUGUAAAAUUCAAAAGUUAAAACAUUUUCAAAUCAGACUAAAAUAGGGCAAAUGACAUUACUAUAUCAUAUUAUACAACAAAAUGGUAAUAUAUAUUAGCAGUACUUUGUAGUAGAAUAUAUAUAGUUGCGCACGGAUGAUAGAUAGAUUUAUUUCGGCAUAAAGGUAAACAUGUUACAUGAUAAACAAACACAAUAUAAUAUGGUCUGGAUCCAUGCUGGUCGCAAACCCAUUAUGUUGGUUUUGUCAUGACGCGGCUCAAUUGACUAGCAGAAGGAAGACUGAUGCCUGUAUAUGCCUGAACAAAUAGAUCGGAUUGAAUAAAAAACCAUUUUUCAGUUCUAUAUAUUGUAUGUUUAAACUAUUGAAAGGAGUUUUAAAAGUUGCUUUGUGUUUUCCAUCAGGUGUUUCUUGGUAAAAAAAAACAUGUUCUGUUGCAUCUUGAAGUCUUCUUUCACCACUAUCUUUAUAUCAUUGUGUUGCCCUUAAUUCGACCCUACCCUUGAGUUUACACCAUUAUUUUCUGUUCAUGUCACAAAAUCUUGUCAGAUGUUAGUUAUGAAAGAAAACAUUUGGAUAAUUUUUAAACAUUGAAGUUUAUGUUUCUGCCAAAUUUCUUCAACAUAAAAACUUUCAGAUUAUUUGAAAAUACAGUGCAUCAAACUAGCAAAGUGAAAAUGCUUAGGGUAAUGAAGCAUGGCCACCAAUGAAUACUUUUAUAAAAAGUGUAUACAUGUAUAUACAGUUAUGUUAUAUUUGUGUGUGAAUGCAACAAUCAUUUAUUUUUAGAAGAAAUAAUAUAUCAGAUGAUUAUUUUUUAAUUUCUCUGAAUAAAAUAGUACAAGAGAUGGGAUAAAAUACUAUACAAAUAUGGACUUUGCAGCUGAUGAAUUGAUAUAUGUAUUGAAAAAAUUGCGGAGGUCAAUAUUAAUAUUUUUUAAUGUACAAGUCAUAUCAUAUUUACCAGCUAAAAUAUCCAUGUUUGAUAACGUUUUUAGCUUGACUAUUAGAAGAAUAUGAGAGCUAUUGUAGUUGCCCCGGCGUCGGCGUUGGUUAAAAUUUUGUAAAGUCAAAUAUCUCAAUUAUUGCUUGAGAUAUUCAAUUGAAACUUACAAUACUUAUUUAUAGUAACAAGGUACAUCAGAUUGACAAGUUGGAUAACUCUACCUACAAUAUUGACAGAAUUAUGCCCCUUUUUAACUUAGAAAUUUUGGUUAAAGUUUUUUGUAAAGACAAAUAUCUCAAUUAUUGUUUGAGAUAUUCAAUUGAAACUUACAAUACUUUUUAGCUCACCUGUCACAAAGUGACAGGGUGAGCUUUUGUGAUCGCUUUUCGUCCCGCGUGCGUCCGUCCGUCCUUCGUCCGUCCGUCCGUAAACUUUUACUUUAAAUGACAUCUCCUCAUAAACCACUAAGCCAAUUUCAUCCAAACUUCACAGGAAUGUUCCUUUGGUGGUCACCUUUAAAAAUUGUUCAAAGAAUUUAAUUCCAUGCAGAACUCUGGUUGCCAUGGCAACCGAAAGAAAAAACUUUAAAUAUCUUCUUUUAAAAAAUCAUAAAAGCUAGAGCUUAGAUAUUUGGCAUGAAACAUCUUCUAGUGAGUGUCUACCAAGUUUGUUCAAAUAAAAGCCCUGGGGUCAAAAUUGGCCCCGCCCCGGGGGGUCAUUGAUUUUCCCUAUAUGCAUAUAGUAAAAACUUAAAAAAUCUUCUUUUACAGAACCCAAAGAGCUAGAGCUAAGAUAUUUAGCAUGAAACAUGUUCUAAUGGGUGUCUACCAAGUUUGUUCAAAUAAACGCCCUGGGGGGUCAAAAUUGGCCACGCCCCGGGGGGUCAUUGAUUUUCCCUAUAUGCAUAUAGUAAAAACUUUAAAAAUCUUCUUUUAAAGAACUCAAAGAGCUAUGGCUAAGAUAUUGAGCAUCAAACAUGUUCUAAUAGGUGUCUACCAAGUUUGUUCAAAUAAAAGCCCUGGGGUCAAAAUUGGCCCCGCCCCAGGGGGUCAUUGAUUUUCCCUAUAUGCAUAUAGUAAAAACUUAAAAAAUCUUCUUUUAAAGAACCAUAAGAGUUAGAGCUAAGAUAUUUAUCAUGAAACAUGUUCUAAUAAGUGUCUACCAAGUUUGUACAAAUAAAAGCCCUGGGGUCAAAAUUGGCCCCGCCCCGGGGGGUCAUUGAUUUUCCCUAUAUGCAUAUAGUAAAAACUUAAAAAAUCUACUUUUAAAGAACUCAAAGAGCUAUGGCUAAGAUAUUUAGCAUCAAACAUGUUCCAAUAGGUGUCUACCAAGUUUGUUCAAAUAAAAGCCCUGGGGUCAAAAUUGGCACCGCCCCGGGGGUCAUUGAUUUUCCUUAUAUGUGUAUAGCAAAAACUUAAAAAAUCUUCUUUGAAAAAACCCAAAUAGCUAGAGUUAAGAUAUUAAGCAUGAAACAUCUUUUAGUGAGUGUCUACAAAGUUUGUUCAAAUAAAAGACCGGGGGUCAAAAUUGGCCCCGCCCCGGGGGUCAUUGAUUUUCUUUAUAUGUGUAUAGCAAAAACUUAAAAAUCUUCUUUGAAAAAACCCAAAUAGCUAGAGUUUAGAUAUUAAGCAUGAAACAUCUUCUAGAAAGUGUCUACAAAGUUUGUUCAAAUAAAAGCCCUGGGGUCAAAACUGGCCCGGCCCAGGGGUGUCAUUGUUUUUAACUAUAUGUGUAUAGUAAAAAACUUAAAAAAAAUCUUCUUUUAAAAAGCCCAAUGAGCUAGAGCUUAGAUGUUUAGCAUGAAACAUCUUCUUAUGGGUGUCUACCAAGUUUGUGCAAAUAAAAGCCCUUGGGUUAAAUUGGCCCUGCAACGUUGGGGGUGGGGGUUGGGGGGGGGGCUAUAUACAGGUGAGCGACCUCAGGGCCAUCAUGGCCCUCUUGUUUAUUUCUUGUUAUAGUAAUAAGGUACAUCAGAUUGACAAGUUGGAUAACUCUGCCGACAAUAUUGACAGAUUUAUGCCCCUUUUUAACUUAAAAAUUUUGGUUAAUGUUUUUUGUAAAGUCAAAUAUCUCAAUUAUUUGCUUGAGAUAUUCAAUUGAAACUUACAAUACUUAUUUAUAGUAACAAGGUACAUCAGAUUGACAAGUUGGAUAACUCUGCCUACAAUAUUGACAGAAUUAUGCCCCUUUGAAACUUUGUAAAGUCAAAUAUCUGAAUUAUUGCUUGAGAUAUUCAAAUGAAAUUUACAAUACUUUUUAGCUCGACUAUUCGAUAAGAAUAAGUAGAGCUAUUGCAGUCACCCGAGCGACGGCGUCGGCGUAACCACUUAUGUUAAAGUUUUUGUAAUAGUUCAAAUAUUUUCAAAGUCCAUUGACAUAUGGCUUUGAAACUUUGCACACUUGUUCACCAUCAUGACCCCAACCUGUAGACAGGAGGAGGUAACUCUAUCAAGCAUUUUGACAGAAUUAUGCCCCUUUUUCGACUUAGAAUUUACGUUAAAGUUUUUGUAAUAGUUCAAAUAUUUUCAAAGUCCAUUGAUAUAUGGCUUUGAAACUUUGCACACUUGUUCACCAUCAUGACCCCAACCUGUAGACAGGAGGAGGUAACUCUAUCAAGCAUUUUGACAGAAUUAUGCCCCUUUUUCGACUUCGAAUUUACGUUAAAGUUUUUGUAAUAGUUCAAAUAUUUUCAAAGUCCAUUGACAUAUGGCUUUGAAACUUUGCACACUUGUUCACCAUCAUGACCCCAACCUGUAGACAGGAGGAGGUAACUUUAUCAAGCAUUUUGACAGAAUUAUGCCCCUUUUUCGACUUAGAAUUUACGUUAAAGUUUUUGUAAUAGUUCAAAUAUUUUCAAAGUCCAUUGACAUAUGGCUUUGAAACUUUGCACACUUGUUCACCAUCAUGACCAUAACCUGUAGACAAGGGGAGGUAACUCUAUCAAGCAUUUUGACAGAAUUAUGCCCCUUUUUCGACUUAGAAUUUACGUUAAAGUUUUUGUAAUAGUUCAAAUAUUUUCAAAGUCCAUUGACAUAUGGCUUUGAAACUUUGCACACUUGUUCAACAUCAUGACCCCAAUCUGUAAACAGUAGGAGGUAACUCUAUCAAGCAUUUUGACAGAAUUAAGCCCCUUUUUCGACUUAGAAUUUACGUUAAAGUUUUUGUAAUAGUUCAAAUAUUUUCAAAGUCCAUUGACAUAUGGCUUUGAAACUUUGCACACUUGUUCACCAUCAUGACCCCAACCUGUAAACAGGAGGAGGUAACUGUAUCAAGCAUUUUUUUUACUAUCAAGCACUAAGAAUAGUCGAGCGUUGCUGUCCUACCGACAGCUCUUGUUUAUAGUAACAAUGUACAUCAUUUUACAAAAUUGCAUAACUCUGUCUGCAAUAUUUGCAGAAUUUUUUGCCCCUUUGAAACUUAGAGAUUUUGGUUAAAGGUCUUCAAAGAUAUUUACUUGAAACUUUACACAUGUACUUAGGGUCAUAAUUUGAGGGUCAUAAUUGUAUGUCACUGACCAAGUUCCAUAACUCUAUCUUGCAUUAAGACUGAUUGAUAUCCCCUUUUCUACUUAGUCUCUUGGUUAAUGUUUACAUGCAAGUUUAAUGUAUCUUAAUAACUAUUAAAGAUAUUUAUUUAAAACUUCACAUAUGCAUUUAGGGUUAGAAAUGUAGGUCACUGACAAAGAUCCAUAAUUCUAUCUUGCAUUUAGGCUGAUUUUUGUUCUCUUUUUCAACUUAAAAAAUUCAUGGUAAAGUUUUGCUUGUAAGCUGUUAUCUCCAUAACUACUGAAGGGUUUGUGCCUUUUUUGGGACAAUUUUAUGCAUUCAUAAUAAUAAAGCAGUGAUUUACUUGAUAAACAUCUUAAUAACAAGCGGGUGCUAGGGGGCGUGAGGGGUGUUGCAUUUUUUCAUUAUCCCUCAUGUACAGACUCAAUCAAACCGAGUCUGCAAUUCUUAUGUUAUUUUGUUGUGAUUGGUGCUAACUGAGGGAUCACUUUGUUUCCAGAAUUUUGUACCUUUUCUGUCAAUUUUAUGUAUUCAUAGGUAAUAAGUAUUAUUAUACUCAAUAAAACACCCUUGUGACAUUACCUUCCAAAUAGUCAAGCCAAUACUGUAUAAUUAGACUCUCUCUAAGGCCUAUAACAUGAAUUUAUAAAAAAAAAUUAGCCCUUUUGUGAACUUGGAAGAUUUAACAAUUUAUCAAGGCUCUUUUACUAUCAAGCACUUAGAAUAGUCGAGCGUGCUGUCCUGCUGACAGCUCUUGUUAUUUGUCUGAUCAAUUCUGUCUUAGAAAAUGCUGCAAAUCAACUAAAAUACUACCGGUACUUUUAUAAGUAUUUUGUCGAUGUUUCUUCAAAACAAUGACAACAAAACAGAUGUGACAUUUAGUGAUAUUAUAGCAUCUUUGACGGUUUUACAGAAAAUCAGUUUUUAGGGGAAAAAAUGG